AUGACCUCUCAAGUUGAGCAUCCUGCAGGUGGUUACAAGAAGCUGUUCGAAACUGUGGAGGAACUGGCCUCGCCUCUGACUGCUCACGUCACAGGCAGGAUCCCCGUCUGGCUCACUGGCAGCCUCCUUCGAUGCGGCCCGGGACUCUUUGAAGUUGGAUCUGAGCCAUUUUAUCACCUGUUCGAUGGUCAGGCCCUCCUGCACAAGUUCGACUUUAAAGAAGGACACGUGACCUACCACCGAAGGUUCAUCCGCACGGAUGCUUAUGUUCGCGCCAUGACCGAGAAAAGGAUCGUCAUAACAGAAUUUGGCACCUGUGCUUUCCCAGAUCCCUGCAAGAACAUAUUUUCCAGGUUUUUUUCUUACUUUCGAGGAGUGGAGGUUACUGACAAUGCUCUCGUUAAUAUCUACCCAGUGGGGGAAGAUUACUACGCCUGCACAGAGACCAACUUCAUUACAAAGAUUAAUCCUGAGACCUUGGAGACAAUUAAACAGGUUGAUCUUUGCAACUACGUCUCUGUUAAUGGAGCCACUGCUCACCCCCACAUUGAAAACGAUGGAACUGUUUACAACAUUGGUAACUGCUUUGGGAAAAAUUUUUCAAUUGCCUACAAUAUCAUAAAAAUUCCCCCACUACAAGCAGACAAGGAAGAUCCAAUAAGCAAGUCAGAGAUCGUUGUACAAUUUCCCUGCAGUGAUCGAUUCAAGCCAUCUUAUGUUCAUAGUUUUGGUUUGACUCCCAACUAUAUUGUGUUUGUGGAGACCCCGGUCAAAAUUAACCUGUUCAAGUUCCUUUCUUCAUGGAGUCUUUGGGGAGCCAACUACAUGGAUUGUUUUGAGUCCAAUGAAACCAUGGGGGUUUGGCUUCAUAUUGCUGACAAAAAAGGAAAAAAGUAUCUCAAUAAUAAAUAUAGGACCUCUUCUUUUAACCUCUUCCAUCAUAUCAAUACCUAUGAAGACAACGGAUUUCUGAUUGUGGAUCUCUGCUGCUGGAAAGGAUUUGAAUUUGUUUAUAAUUACUUAUAUUUAGCCAAUUUACGUGAGAACUGGGAAGAGGUUAAAAAAAAUGCCAGAAAGGCUCCCCAACCGGAAGUAAGGAGAUACGUGCUUCCUUUGAAUAUUGACAAGGCGAACACAGGCAAGAAUCUGGUGACACUUCCCAACACAACAGCCACUGCAAUUCUGUGCAGUGAUGAAACCAUCUGGCUGGAACCUGAAGUUCUCUUCUCUGGGCCUCGCCAAGCCUUUGAGUUUCCUCAAAUCAACUACCGAACGUAUGGUGGGAAACCUUAUACGUAUGCGUACGGACUUGGCUUGAAUCACUUUGUUCCCGACAGGCUCUGCAAGCUGAAUGUCAAAACUAAAGAAACUUGGGUAUGGCAAGAGGCCGACUCCUACCCAUCAGAACCCAUCUUUGUUGCUCACCCAGAUGCCUUGGAAGAAGAUGAUGGUGUGAUUCUGAGUGUGGUGGUGAGCCCUGGAGCAGGACAGAAGCCCGCUUAUCUCCUGAUUCUGAAUGCCAAGGACCUGAGUGAAGUUGCCAGGGCUGAAGUGGAGAUUAAUAUCCCUGUCACAUUCCAUGGGCUGUUCAAAGAAUCCUGA